AUGUCUGAUAAGACGCAUGUUCUAAGCCACCCGGUCGUGAAGGCCCGUCUGUCGAAACUGCGACAAACAUCGACCAGCCCGAAGGAGUUCCGAGAGGGCAUCCAUGACAUCAGUAUCUUCUUGGGUAUCGAGGCGAGCAAGAACUUGCAGGAGGAAGAGUUCAGCGGGCAAACACCAGUAGGUACCUUCACGGGCACCGCGAUCAAGCCCAAGAUUGGGCUCGCACCCAUCCUGCGUGCGGGCCUCGGCAUGACCGAUGCAAUGUUGAACCUGUUCCCGGCUGCGCAGGUGUAUCAUCUCGGUAUCUUCAGGGAGAAGACAACCCUGCAGCCCGUUGAGUAUUACUCGAAGCUCCCGUCGGACACGACGAUCGACAUCGUCUACUUGCUGGACCCUCUCAUCGCCACAGGAGGAACGGCGACUGCUGCGCUGCAGAUGCUCAUUGAUUGGGGCAUGCCUGUGAACAACAUCAAGUUGCUUUGUGUCUUGGCCUCUCAGACAGGUCUGAACCGCGUGCGCGCUGAGUUCCCAGAGCUCGAGAUCUGGGUGUCUGGAGUUGACCCCGAGCUGACGGACAGGGGUUUGAUCGCACCAGGGCUGGGUGAUACGGGAGAUCGCUUGUUCAACACACUCCGAGAUUGA